AUGACUUCAUUCUCGUCAAUAACAAUUGAUAUUAUUGAUUUGAGUAAUUUGAAAAAAUCACUUGGUUUUGAAAUAACUGAUGGAAAAUUUCAUCAUCGAUUUGGUCAUCGAAAUUUAUUAGAACAAUAUUCACAAUCAACCAAUUUUAAUUAUAUUUUUGUUGCUGAAGAUGCAACUCGUUCAAUAUCUUGUAUUGAUUAUGACGCACAAUCUAAUUUUUUUAUAGGUUUUUCAUCACCAUUAGUUGAUGGAGUACCACAAUCGGAUUUUUUUCAGACAGAAACUUUCAAAGUAUUAAAAAAUUGA